AUGAAUGCAAACUAUAGCAUCAGCAACUUCUCAGUGUUGUCCAAGGACAAAAUGGAGAGGCCAAAGGAGGACAAAGAUUCUGAUGGCAAAGAGAAAAAGUCCAAAUCAAAGGAAAAGGAAAAAAAGAAAGAACCAGCUUCAAUGUUCAUGAUAAAUGGAGAAAAGGAGUCUAAAAGCAAAAAGAAAGCUGCCAAGUCAGACAGUGAUAGUGAAGAAGAGAAAAAGUCAACCAAAUCAAAGAAAAAAUCCUCCUCUGGUUCUGCAUCCAUGUUCCAGACAUCAGCAGAUAAGGACAAAGAAAAGGAAAAAGACAAGAAGUCAAAGAAAAAAGCAAAGGCAGAAGAGAGUGAUGAAUCUGAUUCGGAAAAAGAAGAAAAGUCUAAGAAGAAGAAAGGCAAAGGCAAAAAGAAAAAGGAGAGAUCUCCCUCGCCUGAGAUUGAAUUUGACAACUUGGAGAAUUUUGUGAUGGAGCCAGCUCCACAGGGUGUGACUGUCAAAUGCAGAGUGACCCGGGACCAGAGAGGGGUGGACAAGAGCCUCUACCCUCUGUAUUACCUUCAUCUAGACAAUGAAAAAAAGACGUUCCUUUUAGCUGGGAGGAAGAGAAAGAAAAGCGCAACUUCAAAUUACCUCAUUUCAAUUGAUGCCACAGACUUAUCAAGAGGUGGUGAGAACUUUGUUGGAAAACUGAGGUCGAAUUUGAUGGGGACUAAGUUCACUGUAUUUGAUAAUGCUCUGAAUCCCGAAAGAGCUCUUCCAGAUUUGUCCAAUGCGCGACAAGAAUUAGCAGGCAUCAUCUAUGAAACAAAUGUCUUAGGAAUAAAAGGGCCAAGACGGAUGACAGUCAUCAUCCCGGGCAUGAAUAAGGACAACGAGAGAGUCCCACUCAGACCAAGAAAUGAUUGUGACGGCUUGUUGAUAAGGUACCAGAAUAGAAGGAUGGACAAUUUGAUUGAGCUGCGCAACAAGACGCCUGUGUGGAAUGAAGACACGGCGUCUCAUGUGCUGAACUUCAACGGCAGAGUCACCCAGGCCUCCAUCAAGAACUUCCAGAUAGUCCACAACAAAGACUUGGACUACAUCGUGAUGCAGUUUGGACGGAUAGCCGAUGACAUUUUCACGCUGGACUACAACUACCCAAUGUGUGCCGUGCAGGCCUUCGCCAUCGCCCUCUCCAGCUUCGAUGGCAAAAUUGCUUGCGAAUAAUCCAGAGGUCUUCAUCUUAUAAUUUAACGCUGGAGACGGAACGCUGCAAGCUCUCGCACACAUCAGACCACUUCAUCUCUUUACACUCGCUUACGAUGAUCCUUUGAACUUUGAACCUUUCUCCAAGGCUUAAGAAACAUAUACUCAGUGGUCUGGCAUCAUGCCAUUUUGUAUGGAGAGUUCUGUUUUCUGUUUUGAUGGAAAAAAAGUAUGAGUGAACCACAAAACAACACACCGGACUCCGAAAGACUCCAGUGAGUGGAGAGGCAUGAGGUUUUGGAGGGAUGAUGGUAAACCUUGGUGAUAAAGGUCUUCAUGAAGAUGUUUUUGCUAUGUUAUUCUGUAAUGUAAUGUGUUUCUGUGUAGAGCCAAAUUCAAAGGGUCUCAAUUUCUUUUCGGUGUCACGUUUGCUCUGACAUGUAAACACACCGUAACACUAGCACCUGUUCUCUUUGUGGCAAAAAUGUGGUUUUGUUUUGACUUAAGCUUUCAGACUUUACUGAUAAUUACUAUGAAAGCAUAACUAAUGAUGUUAUAUUUAUGAGAAGUCUUUAACAGCUGUCCGACUCCAUGAGCUCCCCAAAUGUAAUAAAACUGCCUCAGGUGGCAGGCAUUCUAAAAGUAACCAGCAUGGAGGAAAUCUAACUAAUAUUCAAAGACACGAGUUUGGUUUUUCAGGCAGUGGUUCACUGGUGUGACAAUUCAGUCUGUUUAUCUGUCUUUUUCAGAUACCUUGACUGGUUUGAGUUUGUGUGGUGUUUUUCUAUUGACAUGAUUUUGGUCACAAUUUUGUAAAAAUUCAUGUCCUUUCCUGAACAUUGCCUUUGUUGCAUUUCUGUGCUUACUGUAUCAACGCAAGUGAAUUAAAU